AUGGUCGACCCGCAACCCCCUGACUCCGAACGCGCGUCGAACGAGGAUGCGACGUUGACUCGCAGCUACACUGCUGAUGCAGAGAGCUACACACACCAGACCACUGAGCCCACGAUAUCUAAGCUACCCAGUCUAGCCAACCUCCCGGAGUACGAGCUGGACUGGGAGCCGAAUGACCCGGCCAAUCCCCGCUUCUGGCCGAUCUGGUACCGAGGCCUGACGAUGGUCACCAUGAGCCUGGGUGCGACCGUGGUCAGCCUGUUCAGCACAUUGUACACGUCUGGCAUUCCCGGUCUGGAGAAAGAGUUUCACAUUUCAAAGAUUGUCGGCCUCCUCGGAGUCACAACCUAUCUCUGCGGCAUGGGCAUCGGAACGAUCGUGUUUGCGCCGCUGAGCGAGAUCAUCGGCCGGCGACCCGUCUACCUUUUUUCGAUGGCCCUCUUCUUGCUCCUCGUCCUCCCGAGUGCGUUGGCCACGAACAUCAAAGCCGUUCUGAUCAGCCGUUUCUUUGGAGGCUUCUUCGGCAGCGCAAUCAUGGGGAACUCGCCCGCCUCGGUGAACGAUGUGGUCUCCGACGAGCACCGCGCCAUGGCGUUCGGCAUCUGGUCUAUCGGUCCGAUGAACGGGCCCGUCUAUGGACCGAUGAUUGGAGGCUUCGUGUUCGAGUAUCUGGGGUGGCGGUGGACAAACUGGCUAGUGCUGAUUAUCGGGGGUGCCGUCCUGGCCUUGAUGGCGUGCAUCCACGAAACCUACGCGCCAGUGAUUCUGCGCCAGCGAGCAGCCAAGAUGCGCCAACAGACCGGCGAUCCCAAAUGGUGGACGCGGUACGAUGUCGGGGAGAGUCUGUCCGCGAGACUCAAGACGGGCUUUGGCCGGCCGUUUGUCAUGCUUUUCACCGAACCCAUUUGCAUGUUCUGGGACAUCUACGUCGCGCUCAUCUACGGGGUCCUCUAUCUCUGCUUCGUCGCCUUCCCCAUCGCCUUCCAGACCGAGCGGGGCUGGUCCCCGGGCAACGGCGGUCUGUCCUUCGUCGGCAUCGGCGUCGGCGUGCUGCUGGCCAUCGCAUGCGAGCCGCUCUUCCGCAGGCUCAUCAACCGGCAUCGCAAAGAUCCCGCCACCGGCCUCGUGCCCCCUGAGGCCAUGGCCAGCGUGGUCUGCUUGGGGGCCACACUGCUCGCCGUCGGGCAGCUGUGGUUCGCGUGGACGUGCACGCCCAACGUACACUGGAUCGUGCCCAUCCUCUCCGGUGUCCCGUUCGGGGCAGGCAACGUGACUGUGUUCAUCUACGCCAGUAACUACAUGGCCCGCUCGUACGGGAUCUACACGGCCUCGGCAUUGGCGGGCAACAUGCUCAUCCGCAGCAUUAUGGGAGCGUGCCUGCCCCUGGCCGGACCUUCCAUGUAUGCGACGCUGGGGUUGAACUGGGCGAGCACUUUGCUGGGGCUGGUGGAGGCGGCGUGCAUCUCCAUCCCGGUGGUGUUUUACUUCUACGGGCAUCGCAUCCGGAAGGCCAGUCCCAUGAUCCAGGAGAUGGAGAGGAUGCAGGCCAGGGCGUGA